AUAUUUAUCUAUAUAAUCGUGAGUUAGUAAUCAGAAACGACGUGUCUGAACUUAAAAGGAUAUUUAAUUUUCUGAAAUGACGGAUAAAAUAGGGAUUGAUUCAUAUAGAGAAGGGCACAAGUACGACUUUGGUGGUGGUGGGGGUGGCUCAGGCGAGGAUGGGUUCAUUAAGGAACAAGAUAGGUUGCUACCGAUAGCCAACGUUGGACGAAUCAUGAAGCAGAUACUACCUCCUAAUGCAAAGGUGUCCAAAGAAGCUAAAGAAACCUUGCAAGAAUGUGUGUCGGAGUUCAUUAGCUUCGUCACGGGUGAAGCAUCGGAUAAGUGUCACAGGGAAAAGCGCAAGACUGUUAACGGGGAUGACAUUUGUUGGGCACUUGCAACGCUGGGGUUUGAUAACUAUGCUGAGCAAUUAAAGAGGUAUUUGCAAAGGUAUAGGGAACAGGAAGGAGAAAGAGCUAACCAGCAUAGCGCAGGGAACGUCCCUGAAGGAAAGGAAGAAACGUCAACUUACAGAGGCGAACUGCAUAGCUCGCUCUCUCUAGGGCGUUUUGAAAGAUGUAAAAGCAUAUGGUGAUUAUAUUUCCCGACUUGAAUUUACAUUAACUAUGUAGGAUCAUAAAGUAGCAGGGCUUGGGUUUGGGGCCUAAGCUAAAGCCUAAAUGUGGUAGAUGUUUUUUCAAAAUUUCUGCUUCUGUGAGCUUAAAAUCUGUGUGUUUGUUUUCUGAUUGACUAAUGUAAGCUUUAAGGAUUAUGAGAA